AUGUCCUCAGUCCAGAAGACCGUUUCUCCUGCCAUCCGCAAGCCCACCACCUUCUUGUGCCUUGCGCCAGUCCACUCUGCCAGCUUCCCCAAGCAGCAGCCUCAGUCUCCCAAGAUGUCUCCAAUCACCUCCACUGCCAUGGAGACCGCUGUUGAGUCCCCAGUUGGCUCUCCUCUCCUCCUUCCUCAGACAUCUUCCCACCGCAGGAGCUCCACCUCAUCCAUCGGCAGUGCCACUGAGAAGCGACGAUUCCUCAAGUUGGGACCCGUUUUCUGGGGUGGCGCCAUCGGCGAGAACGACUACGCCAUUGAGGACUAA